CUAUGUGGCAAGGCCAUUGAGUCAGUGGGCGCGAAUAUGGAAACCCGGCUGGAAAUUCUGCUGCAAGAACCAAAUCCGCUUUUUACGCGCUGGCUGGAACGUUGGCUCCAUGAGGCAGAGCAGCAUGACCGCAAAUCACAGCACAAACUGCGACAGGCAUUGCAGGCGCUGCGCAAUUAUCCGUUGCCCCUUUACAGCGGUCGCGAAUGUGCUGUGUUGCGUGGAUUUGGUUCGACGCUCUGUCAGCUUAUCGAUGAUGAACUGCGUCAAUUUCGAGCGCUAGAGAAACAGUCGGCGAUGCCAGCGGCAGCAACUGGAACGCAUAACAGCUCACAGUAUGAGGAGCAGGUGCAACAAGUGGUAAAAGUGGUGCGCAAACAAAAGCAACAACAACAGGAACAGAAAAAGAAUAAACCCAAGAAGCUGACAAAGAAAGCGCAACAGGAAUUGGCGGCAGCUGAGGAGCGGGAACGCAUAGUACACAUGGAGGCGGGCAGUUAUCGGAUCGUGCUGCUUGUGGACACACAGGAGACGAGCGGCAAGAACAAGCGGGUAUUGGAUCAGACACGGGGAUACCUGCAAUCCUUAGGCGUGCAGCACGAGGUGCGUCGUUUGACCGUUGGUGAUUUCCUCUGGAUAGCCUGCGAUGAUGGGGGCAAUGAGCUAGUGCUACCCUACAUCGUGGAGCGCAAACGCAUGGAUGAUUUGGCCAGCAGUAUACGCGAUGGACGCUUUCACGAGCAGAAGCAUCGGCUGCGUCAAUGCGGACUGCCGCACAUCAUCUAUCUGAUUGAGGAUUAUGGUGACAACGAGCAGCUGGGCCUGCCACUUGACUCACUGCAGCAGGCACUGGCCAACGCACGCAUCCAGUCCGACGGAAUUCAAGUGGUGCGCUGUGACAAUCACUAUCGUUCCAUGUCCUAUCUCGCCGGUGUCAGUGGAGCCCUGCAACAGCUCUAUGUACACGCCGGCAAGUCGCUCCACAGCGUGGACAAAAGCGCCUUGGAGGCACAGCAAACUCCGCCAACUGGCGGGCAGAUGGGACUGCUCAAGUUUCGUGCCCUGUACGAGGAUUCCGCACGUAAUGCCCAGCUGACGGUGCGUGAGGUGUUUGUACAACAACUGUUGCAACUCCAUUCUCUAUCCCUCGACCGGGCGCUGGCCAUUGUGGAGCACUAUGCGACGCCGAGAUUGCUGCUGGAUGCGUACGCAGAAUGUGGCAGCGAGGCAGAGGCACGUCAACUUCUCGGAUCUCUUGGCUGCGGUCCUCUACAACGUCCACUGGGCGAGAAGUUGAGCCGGUGCAUCUAUGAGUUCUAUGCAAAUGAAUUUCAAUAACUUGGAUUAGGUUUAGCAAUUGCAUUUAGAUUACGGAUUAAGGUUUACGGUUUAAGGAGGAUUCACAUAAAUAAUCAUAUGCUUUAGAUAUUUCGAAA